GUUAGGGGAGUCACAGGCCCCAGUUGUUAUCAGGCUGGCAAUAAGCGUAAUUUAAAGAGAAGCAAAAAGUAAAGAGCAAAGAUGGGUAACUCGCUAGAGGAACGUCUGCAGCAACAUUCGAAUUCAUUCGAUGGAUUAAUGUCCCUAAUACCUGCCAAAUACUACUACGAUGCAGAAACUUCCAAUCAGUGGCAACAGAAGCGGAAAUCAAAGCAAGAGCAUCAGGCACUUAAGAGAAGAAAGCUUGAUCCCGAAAGCAGUAAAAAUUUGAGUGCCAAGGAUGUCUUGAAAGAGGCAGAAAAGACAGCCACACCGGUGAUACUGCCUGGUGAAAAAUUCAAGAUGCAUCAGCAAGCCCUUGCUAAGAAAGUGCAGGAAAAUGGCAAUGUCGAUGAGGAAGAAGAAGAUGAUGAAGUAGAUGAUGACGAAGAUGAUGACGAAGACGUUGACGAAGAAAUGGAAAGCGACGAAGAGACCAAAAAGCAAGCACAUAGUCAAAAUAAUUCACCAAAGCAAGAGGAAGACAAAGAUGAAGAGCUCUUGCAAGAAAACGUGACAAUAGUUUUCGACGACAACGGUGAAGAGCUUGUGGGGAGCUACAAAAAGGAAGAACUACAGCAGCAACAAAAGCAGCAGCAACAGAAUGUCAAGGCUGGAAAGAAAACCUUGAGUAAGGAAGAACAGGAACAAAGAGAAAGAAAACACAAAGAGCUUAAGGCCAAACUCCAGGCGAAGAUUCAAAGCAUGAGAGAAAAGAGAAAAGCUCCGGGAACGAAGGCUCCGGGUGCUGCCACCUCAAGGCAACAGAUCCUAGAGGAGAGACGUAAAAAGGCGGAGUUGAAGAAGGAGAUGAAGCGUAAAGAGGCCGAAAGUAGCGAUGACGACGAUGACGACGACGACGAUGCUGAAAACGUUGAAGGAGAAGAAACACAAGACAAUUCCAGCGUGAUGUUUGGAAACAUCGAAUUCUUGGACGGCGAGAGAGUGUCGAGUGACUUGACCUCGAGCAGAAGAGUCGGCAAGAAGAAGGGUCCUUCAAACAAAGACAUUAAGGGCCAUUUGAAGAAGAUAGAGAGAGAGAAAAGCAGGCUCGGGGAGUUGGACAGCGACGCCAAGAAGAAGCUCGAGGACAAAAACAAGUGGCAGAAAGCCCUUGCCAGCGUACAGGGUCUCAAGGUGAAGGACGACGAGAAGCUUUUGAAAAAGGCCUUGAGGCGGAAGGAGUCCAAGAAGCGGAAGAGCGAGCGGGAAUGGAAGGACCGUAUACAGACAGUCACCGACGAGAAGAAGAUGAAGGCGGAUAGAAGAGACGAAAACCUGCGUAUUCGGAAGGCCAACAAGGGCAAGGGCCGCAAGGACCAGGUGAAGCAACUUCCGAGCUACAAGCGGAGCCGGGCCAACAAAAAGAUGCCGGGCGGCGCCAAGCGGGCUGGUUUUGAGGGCGGCAUCCGCAGCCACAAGAAGAAAUGAGUGACUUAGUCGGGUAGUCGAAAAUGUUUACAGAGUUGUGUAACAAGAAACAUUUUAGGAAAUAACAGACAAGACAAGUCUGUGGGCUUUCCAAAGGCCUCUCCGGUCGUGUUUCGGGCUUUUUCCCUUUUUAUUUAUUUAUAGAACACGAAAAGUCCAUAUUAUUUCCUAUUCGGGCCGGAAGGAAAACGAACGUGCGA